ACAGCAUUAGGAUUUUAAGUGUGUGAUGGUAACUAGAAGCGAUGCAUACAGGCCUCUGGAAGAUUCCCAAGAGCACAGUGGUGAGGCCAACUCCACACUGAUUUCCUGCCAUGAGGUGUUCCUCAUCUGGAUGUGAGCACCUGACAGUAAGGCCAGUAAGAACAGUGGCCAUGGGGGACCCUGGACUGUCAAAGCUGCAGUUCGCCCCCUUUAAUAGUGCCCUGGAUGUUGGCUUCUGGCACGAACUGACCCAGAAGAAGUUGAACGAGUACCGCCUGGACGAGGCACCCAAAGACAUCAAGGGCUAUUACUACAAUGGUGACUCUGCUGGCCUGCCCACCCGCUUGACGUUGGAGUUCAGUGCUUUUGACAUGAGUGCCUCCACGCCUGCCCGCUGCUGCCCGGCCAUGGGAACCCUGCACAACACCAACACACUUGAGGCUUUUAAGACUGCAGACAAGAAGCUCCUUCUGGAGCAGUCAGCAAAUGAGAUCUGGGAAGCCAUAAAGUCAGGUGCUGCUCUCGAAAACCCCAUGCUCCUCAACAAGUUUCUGCUCCUGACCUUCGCGGACCUAAAGAAGUACCACUUCUACUACUGGUUUUGCUGCCCCGCCCUCUGUCUUCCUGAGAGCAUCCCUCUAAUCCGGGGACCUGUGAGCUUAGAUCAAAGGCUUUCACCAAAACAGAUCCAGGCCCUGGAGCAUGCCUAUGAUGAUCUGUGUCGAGCUGAAGGCGUCACGGCCCUGCCCUACUUCUUAUUCAAGUACGAUGACGACACUGUGCUGGUCUCCUUGCUCAAACACUACAGUGAUUUCUUCCAAGGUCAAAGGACAAAGAUAACCGUUGGUGUGUACGAUCCCUGUAACCUAGCCCAGUACCCUGGAUGGCCUUUGAGGAAUUUUUUGGUCCUGGCAGCCCACAGAUGGAGUGGCAGUUUCCAGUCUGUUGAAGUCCUCUGCUUUCGGGACCGCACCAUGCAGGGAGCAAGAGACGUGAGACAUAGCAUUAUCUUUGAAGUGAAACUUCCAGAAAUGGCAUUUAGCCCAGAUUGUCCUAAAGCAGUUGGCUGGGAGAAGAACCAGAAAGGAGGCAUGGGUCCGAGGAUGGUGAACCUCAGCGGAUGUAUGGACCCCAAAAGGCUGGCUGAGUCAUCUGUGGAUCUGAAUCUCAAGCUGAUGUGCUGGCGAUUGGUCCCCACCUUGGACUUGGACAAGGUGGUGUCUGUCAAGUGCCUGCUGCUGGGAGCUGGUACCUUGGGGUGUAAUGUGGCUAGGACCCUGAUGGGCUGGGGUGUCAGACACGUCACCUUUGUGGACAACGCCAAGAUCUCCUACUCCAACCCCGUGAGGCAGCCUCUGUAUGAAUUUGAAGAUUGUCUAGGGGGUGGCAAGCCCAAGGCCCUGGCUGCAGCAGAGCGGCUACAGAAAAUAUUUCCUGGAGUGAAUGCCAGCGGGUUCAACAUGAGCAUCCCCAUGCCAGGACACCCUGUCAACUUCUCUGACGUCACGAUGGAGCAGGCCCACAGAGAUGUGGAGCAGCUGGAGCAGCUCAUCGAUAGCCAUGAUGUCAUCUUCCUGCUGAUGGACACCAGGGAGAGCCGGUGGCUUCCUACUGUUAUUGCAGCCAGCAAGCGAAAGCUGGUCAUCAACGCUGCCUUGGGGUUUGAUACCUUUGUUGUCAUGAGACAUGGCCUGAAGAAACCCAAGCAGCAGGGAGCUGGGGACCUCUGCCCAAGCCAUCUUGUAGCACCUGCUGACCUGGGCUCCUCACUUUUUGCCAACAUCCCUGGGUACAGGCUUGGCUGUUACUUCUGCAAUGAUGUGGUGGCUCCAGGAGAUUCAACCAGAGACCGGACUCUGGACCAGCAGUGCACAGUGAGCCGCCCAGGCCUGGCCGUGAUUGCAGGCGCCCUGGCUGUGGAGUUGAUGGUCUCUGUCCUGCAGCAUCCUGAGGGGGGCUACGCCAUUGCCAGCAGCAGUGAUGACCGCAUGAAUGAGCCUCCCACCUCACUGGGACUUGUGCCUCACCAGAUCCGGGGUUUUCUGUCACGGUUCGAUAAUGUCCUUCCUGUCAGCCUGGCGUUUGAUAAAUGUACAGCCUGUUCACCCAAAGUUCUUGAUCAAUACGAGCGAGAAGGAUUCACCUUCCUAGCGAAGGUAUUUAACUCCUCACAUUCCUUCUUAGAAGAUUUGACCGGUCUUACACUGCUCCAUCAAGAGACCCAAGCUGCUGAGAUCUGGGACAUGAGUGACGAGGAGACCGUCUGAAGCAAGCAACCGCAGCUCAGGAGUACCUGGUCCUCAGCGCAGGACUGGACCCCAGGACUGGUGAUCUGGGCCCUGCCACUUCCCUGGUCCUGAUCUCCACAUCUCCAAGGACUAGGGUGUACCCUCUGCCGCCCAGUUGCACCCUUUCCUGUGCCAUCUCACCAGCUCUGAACUCAAUAAUAACCUUGGCAUUGCCACUGAUCUGGGGCUCAGGUCCUUCCAUGUGCAUUAAUCUCCUCCCCGCCCCCCAUUGCAGAAGGACACCCCAAGACCCAACAUACAUCAGACAAGGCUGUGCUAGGAGCCUCACAGGGAAGGCACCUACUGUGGGCCCUGGGUAGCAGUGAGUGCUGAGUUUGUAGCCUCAAGUGUUCAAGUGGCAUGCCAAGCCACCCUCCCCCAGCUGUGGGCAUGCUGUGUGCCACCCUGUUCCAGGGCUGGGAGAGGCUCCUGCCACAGUCCUGUACUGGGAAAGCAGGGCAGAGCUCUGCCGGAUGGGUGUGUCAGCUGGGCCUGGUCAGGUGCCUCACGGGCUUGCUCCUGGAGCAAGGCUUGUCUUCCUCUUCACUCUGGAUGGGCCCUUGGCAGCUGUGGCCACCCAUCCUAGUAGAUGAGCUGCUCCCAUCCCACACCUGAGCACCCUCCCUGGGGUCUCAGGUCCAUAACAGAAGCCAUGCAUGGCAGGUCUCAGGAAGGGGGACUAGAGAGGACCUUGGCCUAACACAGAUGCUGCAACAAGCGGCCCUACCCAUCUGCGCAAGGCUCCCCACAAUUAGCCAGGCCUACCUGGGCACAGGGCCCCACAGCCCACAUGCCACCUUAGGAGUCAAGAGCCACACACAGCCUCAGUUUAAGAGCACUUUAUUAUUGUUCUUAAGGCUACUUUUAAGUACAAAAAAAAAAAAAAAAAAAAAAAAGAUGGCCUGCCAAACCUUUUUUUUCUUCUUCCAGGAAAAAAAAAAACAAAAAAAAAACCAGGCCACAGAAAAUGGUAUAUUACAGAUUUACAAACACAGAGGGGUCAGCACACACAGAGAUGGCUUGGUUCUGGGGAGGUCGCAAGCUCCUGCCCAAGCAGGAUGGCAGGCUCCUCAGCUGACAUAUGAGGUAUCCCACUCCAGGGCACGGCCUAUUCCAGAUAGGUCAGCGCACCAGGGACCCAGCCACCCGCACUGCCAUCUUCCCCCCUCCCCCAACAGCGAUGACCCGCUCACUGACGGGUAUCUGAGGCCCGUUGCCCACAGAGCCAGUCCGCGGUGCGGUUGUUUUCCUGUGACAACCUCAGUAGCCUGUAGAAUAACAAACUAGUGGCUAUUAAUGCGGACGCAGUGUUGUCAUGGAGUAACUGUGUACCUGCACGAUUACAGACACACCUACGACAAAAAAGAUCAACUUUUUUUUUCCCCAAACAACAACAAAAAAAAUGAAUGAUUACGAUAGGAAAGGGAAAAUUAAAUAGCUACAUAUCAUUAACAAAUUAAUUGUUCUUCAAAAAAUACCUACAAAUUUCUCUGUACAUUCUUUACGCACAGCGUAAUGAUGGUCUUUAAAAUUACCUAUAUAAAAAAAGUGUUCUG